CUUCAGUAGCGCGUUGACUCGACCACGAGUAGGUGUCUUCACGUCCACAUUCUUCAGUAUACUCCGUGCCAUAGGAAACUGCCAUGACGAAGAAGGAAGUCCAUCAGGAGGAAGAAGCGCCGGUGCAGCGUUCAGAGCUCGAGCAGCUGCAAUAUGAUGCUAGUCGCGUCACCAACGAGAGCCUCGAGAGCACUCGUCGCAUGCUCAGUCUAUGCGAGGACUCGAAAGAAGCUGGCAUUCGCACGUUGGUCGCCCUCGAUGAUCAAGGAGAGCAACUGGACCGCAUUGAGGAGGGUAUGGACCAGAUCAACGCCGACAUGAAGGAAGCCGAGAAGAACCUGUCCGGCAUGGAGGGCUGCUGCGGCCUGUGUGUGCUGCCCUGCCAGAAGUCUGCGCAGUUCAAGGAGGAGAGCGACCCCUGGAAGGACAAGGGUGACGGGGUUGUUAACAGUCAACCGCAGCGCCUCGAGAACCAAGUCAUGCUGCCGUGUCCUCAAGUAGGACGCAUCACAAAAGACGCGCUCGAGGACGAGAUGGAGGAGAAUCUGGGCCAGGUUAACACGAUGAUGGAUAAUCUGCGCAACAUGGCUAUCGACAUGGGCUCUGAGAUCGACAAUCAGAACAGACAACUCGCCAGACUUGAUGCCAAGGCGGCGUCCAACGAAGGCAGGAUAAAGGUGGCCAACGAUCGCGCGGGCAACCUCCUGAAGAGCGCCUAAGAACUUCAGGGAAACAUCACUAAUGCUACCCAGAACCGUGGCCCCUAGAACCGGGGUUCAGAUGAUAUACAUAGAACUGUGGUAUGAAGAAUUACAGAUAACAGUGGUUCUUAAGUUCUACAUAUAACCGUGGUCCAGAAGAAUUAUUGAUAAAUUGGGUUCUGCAGAUAUAAAGAUGAGAGGGGUCUAAAAGAAAGACAUAUAAUCAUAUAUGGCUCUAAAGAUCUACAGAUUACCGUGUUGCUUAAUAUCUACGUAUAUCCGUGGUCAGAAAGAUCCACAAGAAAACAUGAUCAGAUACACCAUUUUGCAAAUUAUAACCCUCACAUUACGUCAUCUAAAGACUACGUUCCUACACAUUCCAUUUUCAGAAGACUUUAAGCAUUCACAAAUCAUUCUAAAUUGCCGUGUAUAUUGACUGCUACUUGCACAUCAAAAAAUAUAUAGGUGGAGGAGACGUAAGUGUGAUAUGAUGGAAGAUGUACGUUGAGCUGAGUACAAAGCUUGUGUAGCUGAAUGUUCAUGGAUAAGUCUAACGCUAAUGUGGUUGUGAUAAUAGAAUUGUCGUUGUGCAAGCAAGCGAAGUUAUUUCAUAUUUGUCUGAUGAUAGCGCCGCGUCUAAGGAAAAUAGAGCUAGUAAAUUUUGGGAGAUGUUAUAUUGAGCCCGGUUGAUGAAAAUUAAAAAAUAUUAUAAGGAAAAAGCGAGAGGGCAAUUCUGAUAAUAAAAUCAGAUUUCGAGCGGAUAAAUUGGUUUAAAUAAAAAUAUAAUUCUAGAUGUUGAGCUAAGAUAUAAUAUAAGGGCAGAUUUUCUUCUCUAUAAACAACACAAUAUCGAGAACGGUUUCAAUGCGACGUGGUGUGAUAUGUAGUUUCUAAGACAGACUUAGCUCAAAAAUUAUAAAAGUAAUGUUGAAGUUUACGUCCUGCUUAGAAUAUUUAAUUGGAAGCGCAUUGCGUAUCAGGGAGGGACGGUAGAGAUCAGGGCAAGCUUAUAUGUAAGUGAGAACUGAAAUAGGUAAAUCAGGUAGCUCUUACCCUGAGAAUGUGUAUGUUAACUCGUCAUUCCUUAUAUUCAAUCUUCUGCAUAGUCUCUCAAACUCUCCAGGCAAAUGACGUUGAAAUAUCAUUGAUUACGAGUUGACAUCGUUGAAACGAACUUUAAUUAAAGCUAUUUCAACGUGAGAUGCCUCGUGGGAACAGACCAUCGUAUCGUAGUUUCCUUCUUAUUAUGCAUAUAUUGUUCCAUAGUCUGAGUGGUGCUCUUGCAAAUCAUAGCAUAAUUUACUAAAUGAAGAAUCGUCUCUCCUAGCAAUAGUAAUUCUACAUCUAUAACACUAGACUAGUAAACUCCGCUUAGUGUGAGGUAUAUAAUGAGACAUAUAUAGACUGUCAUUUUCUCAAUAGACUUCUUGCAUUAUAUAUUGUUCGACAUGACAAGUUCGUAGUUCAGGCGGUUCAAAUUAAAUUCGGGCAAAACUACAGCGGAAUUAAUCUUAUAAAAGCGAAAAAAUACUCUGAUUUCGAUAAGGUUAUCUCUCCAUUAAAAUUAACCUUCGUACACGGCGCACAUUUCUAUGCGGAAACCUGAGCGUAAUUAAAGAAGAAAAACCCGAGGGACCGGCGAUUUCAAAGCUCUUCCAUGCUGCAAUUUAAUGCCUUUAGUUGAGUUAGGAAGAAGCUUUGUAGUGGCAAUGCGUGUAAAUACUUAUUAAUGAUCAGCUAUUUGUUUUGCGGUCGUACAGUUGGAAGCUUUAGAGCUUUCAUUUAUACAAAUUUAUUGACUGGGAACGAGUUCAAUAGAACGUAUCUAGCGUGCGGUUGCAAUCAAUAAGGUUUAGCCCAAAAAAUAUUCAAAGCAAAAUUCGUCGGAAAAUCUGUGCCAGGAAUCGAGAAGAUAAAUCAACAUGCUUGUAUAACGUGACUCUCGAUUUGGAAAUUUCAGGCCGCGGCAACUAUGCCUGUGGUAAGCAAAGGAAAUUCUUAGGGAGUCGACUAGGGAACAAGAAACAAAUUUGUUGUUGCUAUGUUUGUCGAUGCGUGUUUGUGCUAUUAAUAAUACAUUAUAAUAUACCGUCUAAAAUUAUUAUUAGUAUGCCAUC